UGGAAUAGUGGUAUUUGGUAUUCUGAAUUCCGAUUUCCUAUUUAAUGUUUUGAAGAAUUAAAUUACUUGUUAUCCGUCACAUUGCACUUGAACUUGAUUUUGUUUUAGUAAAGUGUCUGGUCCGUUCUUUUUUCGUUAUAAAUAUUUUAUCCGCAUUUUACUACAUUUUACAGAUUUGAACGUUUCGCAUUAUUAUCUCUUAAGAAAAAAAAUGACUGAAGCCGUGGUGAGUGGAAAAGAUACCCGUUGUUUAUUCAUUAACAAUGGUGAUGAUUUAUUGACUCUAAAAAAAGUUGUAUCUAAAAAAACAGACAAAGAUGAUGAGAAACAAAAACUUAAUAAAUCUGUAGAAACUAAUGGCAGUGAAUUAAAUGGAAACCACAAUAAAACUGAUAGUAUAAAUUUUGAUGUCGAUAAUACAUCUUCAUUAGAACCAAAUUUAGAAAUGGAUAGUGAUACAGAUCGUAAUAUUACUAUUGGUUCAAUUUGCACCCAAGAAGAUCGAGAAUCAGAAACUAUUGAUAUCUCUAAUGAAAAUUCGAAUGAAGCAGAUACAAAAAAUGGUGAAAAAGAUAUUCAAGUAAAUUCAAUCAAAUGUCUAGAUAUUCCAUAUUCUCCAAGUGAUUCUUUAGAUGAUAAUGAGUAUUCACAUGAUUUGGAAGAUGAUGAUUUAGAAUUAAAUAAUAUUAGGUCACCUGCAUCUUACUUUAAUAUAUCAUCAAGGGCACCAUUACAUCCUACCAAGGAUUUAGACACUACAUUAGAAGACGAUAUACUAUUACUGGAUGAAGAAGUAUUAAUUAGCGAACGAAAGCGAAAAUUUGAAGAUUUACCAGAACAAGAACAGAAGGCUACUAAGAUACUUAAACUGUGGAACUUAAUGAAAUAUCCUUUUCAAAAAAUAACUUAUGGUACUUCAAUAAGUGAAGACGAACCAAAUAUUUCUAUAGCUGAAGCCAUAGUUGAAAAAGAGAAUUCCUUAGAACCUGAUACAGCUGUUAGUGAGGACAAUAGUGAUAGUGUAAAAACUGAAGAAAAAAACACUCAAAAUAAUUCUGAGGCAGAUGGAGAAAAUGAGGAUACCUCAACAAAUGAAAAUACACAAAAAUUCUGUAACAUAAUGUAAUUGAAGCAAAAAGGUAUAAAUUAAUUAUUGCAAUAUUCUUGUUUUAAAGAAGUGUAUGUUCAUAUUAGUUAAAUAAUAUAUCGAAUAUUUUAGAUUUAUUGACUGAAUUAGUCAAAAAUAAAACAUGGCCUAAAUUUGAUUUUUUUUUAUUACUAUUUUUAUUUUAUGACCAUUUAUAAUGUUCCAAAUUAUCAUUUGUGUUUAACAUAUUUAGAUGUUUGUGUUUGGAAUAACUUAAGAAGUAUUUUUUUUUUAACAUAUCAAAGAACAAAGUUUGUUCCAUUU